AUGUGAGCACCGAUAGGAGUGACCGAUAGGAGUAGGCUACAGGACGCGUUUCGUCAGUUAUUGUUUAGUUUUUUUUUAAAUCCACACAUGAUGUCUUUGGUUGGUUGUGUCUCUCUUAUGUCUCAUAGCCAUUCGCGUUGUCGAGUUUAAAGGCGUGUAAUUUCUAUUUACUUCUAAUUUCGACUUAAAAUGCUGUGUUCAUCGCCAGUCCGUUUUUACAAAAUCUAGCUGUUUUGAACGCAGCCGGACGUGUGAACGCCUCUUCACUUUUUGUGUUUUGAGGGGAUCGUUUGUCGCGGACUUUUGAGUGACGUGACAAACUCGUAGCGAGCGAGCGGCUAGGCGUUACUGUCCUGCUGUGCAGUUCCUCAUCAUUCCAACAGAAGGGCUUUAAACAAAGACAACAGAUGAACACGGAGCACCUGGGCAUUCCUCUAUGUCUAAUGCGAAGUGUUGUAGCUUUUGUGACUGCGCCGCACUGUUCUUUAAUGGUGAUACAUCUGGUUGGGAGCUUAUAGCUAUCGUUGAAUAUUGUUUCAGGUUGCGUUUUUAGACACAAUCUGCGCGCAAGUAUGCCGAGGAGAAAACAACAGGCGCCAAAACGAGCGACAGUUUAUGAUUCAGAGAAUGUUAAGGAAACCACCAUACAGACUGAAAGCACUGAAAGUGAUUGCGCAGUGACCAAGAAGAAACCACACUGUGAAAUUGAUUUGGGAGAAGACUUCAAUAACCCAGUGGAUGAACAAGAUUCCCCCACUCCUGAGCUGUCAGGUCAUGAUGUUGACAGUGAAUCUAAAAUAAGCGAAUCUAGUGACCCCACGUCAGAUACAGACAGCACCCUGAUCAAAAAUGAGAAGGCCACAACAGACUUUCUAAAAGACCAUUUGGUGGACUCAGUAUGUAUUACAGACAGCCUAGAACAGAUGAAGGCUGUUUACAAAAGCUUCCUUAAUAAUCCCUACUGGUCCUUUUUGAGCUUGAAUUCCUCUCAAGCACAUGCAGACGAACAGCCGGCCAGUAGCAGUGGUAGCAGUAGCAGCAACAGCAGUCCUGGACGCAACAGCUAUGACUGGCAUCAGUCUGCCAUCGCAAAGACACUCCAACAGGUCUCUCAGAAACAACCUGCUGCACUUGAACCAAGUAUUUUCAAGUACCGCCAAAGUACUAAACUCUACGGAUCCAUCUUUACUGGUGCUAGCAAGUUCCAAUGCAAAAUCUGCAGUGCAUCUUAUGACACACUGCUUGAUCUCACAGUUCACAUGAAUGAAACAGACCACUACCGUGAUGAUAACCUUGAAAGUGCUAGUAAGUGUGCCAAGUCAUGGUCCAAGCCACGUAAGCGCUCUCUUUUAGAGAUGGAGGGAAAGGAAGAUGCCGAGAAAGUCCUACGCUGUAUGUACUGUGGACACUCUUUUGAAUCCUUGCAAGACCUAAGCGUGCACAUGAUAAAGACUAAGCAUUACCAGAAGGUUCCUCUGAGAGAGCCAAGAACAGCAAUUUCUGCUAAAAUUGUGUCUUCAUUCAGGAAGAGGGUUCCAGUGGAGCUGGGUGUUGCAAAAUCUUUGCACACCGCAGAACAGACAGAAAGUCCCAACGGAGGCCAGGCCAAAGAUAUUUUUCAGAUGUAUUCUGAACAAACCAACAAAGAUGACUUGACAGAUCAGAAGACAACACGUGAUGUACAGUUCAAGUCUGAGAACCUCAAAUGUAUGGAGUGUGGAAUUUCACAUGACUCUGUGCAGCAGUUGAGUGCUCAUAUGAUGUUGACCGGCCACUUUGAUAAAAUCACCCAAACAUUGCAAAAGACAGAGAAGCCUCCUCAUCACAAAAGUAAGUCUGUGAAGUCUCAGUCUGGUACACCAUGUUCUUCCCCUCUCUUGGCCACAGGAAUCUUGGAGUCAUCGUCCCUCCCAUCCGUAAGAACUAGGGGCAAGAACAAGUCACAAGAAAUUACUUUUCAGAAAGAUAGCAAUUGCAAGGAAUCUGCAAAUAUAAAUGAAGUUAAGCAGAAAUUCAGCAUAUCAUCAAAGUCUGAUUACCUAACUGAAGAUGAUCUAAAAGAGAGCCCUAAAAUGGAUUUUGAUAUUCUAAAGUCAUUGGAAAAUACAGUUACAUCAGCCAUUAACAAAGCACAGAGGGGUGCCCCGAGCUGGGGCGGUUACCAGAGCAUUCAUGCAGCUUAUCAGUUACAAAACCAACUGAAACCUGCUCUAAACAACUCAGGCUUUAUUACUUCUUUAAAACAAUCAGCUAGUAGUCAGGAAGGCCAGUCCGUAGACAAAAGUCAUUUGAUCCCUCCAUGCACUCCUUCAAGAGCUUCCACAGUUAAUGUCCAGGAGGUGGACAAACUGGAAAAUAAAGUAACAGAAGAGUCUUCUGAAGUAGACAGACAAUUUAAUGACUUGAAGAGGCAGGGAUCCCUACACCAGCUGCUGAAUUGUAAAGGGAUAUCGCUAAUGUCAAAAUCUCCAAGUCAUGAGAGCGUGGUUACAUCUAUGAGCGAUGUCUCUGAGUGUUACACAAACAAAAAGGAAAUUCAGAUGCACACACAAGAUUUUAGAACUCGCCUCACCUCCACUUCAGAUCUGUAUGAUGAUGGUGGUCUACUCUCUGCUCUCCCUGAGCCAAAACAACCCUCUGUCAGUCCUCUAAGUGCCCUUCAGUCUGUUAUGAACCUCCAUCUUGGUAAAGCUGCCAAACCAGUAAGAUCUGUCCAGGACCCUAUGAGUAUGCUUCUCAGGAUGAGCAACAUCAUGGCUGAAAGGGCCGCUCUUGCCGGUCCAUCUGGAAACUCGGCAAAACUUAGCCAGUUGCAUUCUGACUGUCAUGAAAUUUGUGGAGACCAACCGAUAGACUUGUCCAAAGGAAAAAGUGAACAGGGUCUCAGAGCUGCGGCUCUCCCAGGCAAAGCUUUGAGUUCCUAUGUUUCUGGUGCAUCUGUGAGUGUGAGUGAAUCAACUAGUUCCAAAAUCGUAACACCAGUGAGUCCUUUGCGUGAAAAUGCCCUCUCUGACAUAUCAGACAUGCUGCGCAAUCUCUCAGACUCUCAAGUUUUGAAGUCCUCAACACUUCUAUGUAGGCCAGAGCAGUCAGAAAUUGAGGGUUCUCAUACUUCAGAUGAGGCAGAGGAUACAUCCGUGAUGCAUAAACGUAAGGGAAGGCAGUCGCACUGGAAACCCCAGCACUUGCUGAUUUUGCAAGCUCAGUUCGCAUCCUGCCUCAGGCAGACAGCUGAUGGAAAGUAUGUGAUAUCAGACUUGAGCUCCCAGGAAAGGAUGGUCAUAUCACAUAUAACAGGUCUAUCAAUGACAACCAUCAGCCACUGGCUGGCCAAUGUGAAAUAUCAGCUCAGACGAACAGGCAGAACAAAGUUCAUAAAGAAUGUUGACUCAGGACACCCAGUUUUCUAUUGUAGUGAAUGUGUAACACAGUUCCAAGCUCGUUCUACUUACAUAUGUCACCUUGAGUCACACCUUGGGUUUAAAAUAAAAGACUUGGUUAAACUUACUUCUAAGGAUCUAAACCAGAGGAUUACAAAGAAUUCUAAAAGCCCUCCCAUAAAACCCAUGAUUCCCACUGUACUGCCAGCUAGAGGAUAUCAGGAGCAAUUGCCACCAGUGCCAGUGCUGUAACAUACAUAAAAACAUAUAUAACAAUACAUUUAACAUGGUAUGGCAGGAAAUGUAUUGUACUCCAAGUUGAGAACAGACAGUAGGAUUCAUACACCAUUACUUAUAUAUUGUUGCAUUAACAAACACAAUUGGCGUUGUAAGUUAAGCUUUUCUAUCAUGGAUAUUGUAAUGGUAAUUUAACUUUAAAAACUUGUUUAAAGUUAAGGUGGCUAUCACCAGCUUUAACAAGUAGAUACACAGUAUAAGAAAUCUAUUAUAUAUAAAAAUGUCUUAACAUUUUGAACAUUCUUGAAUGCUCAUGAUGAACAGCUUUUUGGGGGAAGUUUAUGUUCUGAUUAGAGAAGAAUGUACAUUGUACAUGGAUAAACUAUGUUAUGUUAUGCAUAUCUUCUAAAAUAUGGCUUAGAAAUUAUUGCCUGUGCUUAAUACGUAGUGUGUUUGUGCAUAAUCUGAUUUAUGUAUAGAUAUGUCUAAAGAACUGUAUGUAUUUUAAUCGUCUAAAACAUUUUUAAAACAGUUUUGUCAAUGUAAAUUGCCUUGACUUGUUAUUUUUUCCAAAUAUUUGUAUCACCUGUUCAUUUUUAUUCUAGCCAGAUUUGUUCAGGCUAUUUAGUCAAACAUUUUUGACAUUUUUUUAUUUUUAUUUACAUCAAUUGUGUUGAAUGUUAAUACAUUGAAUGAGGCAUGCCAUCUAUAUGUGUGUAUGCAAAUGAAAAAAAGAAAUCUGUCAUGGGAUCAGAAUCAGUAAUCUUUUUAAAGAAAAAAAUGCAAUUAGGAAAAAAAACAAAGCCUCUUUGUCUUUUUUUCAAAUACGUGAUUUCACAUUUAAUAUUUUUAAACUGCAUAAUUUCAACCUAAUAUUAGUAUUCUAAUAAGACCAUUGUUUUUAUUAGUCAUCCAAAAUAAUCCAAAAACACUUUUUGUCCCAAGAAUACAUA